AUGAAGUUUCAAGCGAAACAAAAUGGUGAAUGCCCUCCGUUAGAAAUUGUUGCAAGUAUAGGACCAUUCCAUCUGAAACAACAGUCAAGACAACACCACUCUACCCGGCGACAACCGCGACAGUACCGCCCCAGUUAUCUAAUCACUGAUCUACCCACAUCCACUUUAACAGAUCCUCAUAUUGCGAAAACAAUGACACUCACAUAUUCAUCGCGACUUGCCGUUGGUCUUUCUCGGUCCAUAAAACGAGGUUUCAGUCAAGUGGGUGAUCCCGGAAGCGGCAGUGGAAAGGGUGGUGGUGCAGGUGGAUCGAUACGUGAUGCUGGCGGCGCUUUCGGAAAACAACAGGCAGCGCGCGAAGAGCAAUAUUUCAGAAAACUGGAAAAAGAGCAGUUAAAAGCGUUGCAAAUGCAGUAUAAAAAUUUGCGUAAAGAAAUGGAACGUGAAAUAGAAAAACAUGAAAGUCAUGCCCGUGAACAUAAAGAGGCAGCUGAACGUUUGAGACGUCGAGCAAGUGAAUUGGAAAAACAAGAGCAACAAAUGAAAAAUGAAUAA